AAAAAAAGUUAUAUAAACAUGAAUUUUAAUCUUUAUUCUUCUUCUUCUUUUUCUUGUAUUAAAACAUUUUAAUUUAAAUAAAAAGUAAAAAUGGGUCUUUUGGAUAUUGUUCCUGCUGGUGUCAUUACUGGUGACAACGUUAAGAAGCUCUUCGACUACGCUCACAAGCACAACUUCGCUAUCCCUGCUAUUAACUGUACUUCUACCAGCACUGUCAAUGCUGCUCUUGAAGCUGCCAGAAAGAACAGAUCCCCCAUUAUCAUUCAAUUCUCUAACGGUGGUUCUGCUUUCGUUGCUGGUAAGGCCAUUGAUAACAAGAACCAAGAAGCUUCUAUCCUUGGUGCUGUUGCUGGUGCUCAAUAUGUUCGUUCCGUUGCCAAGGCUUACGGUAUCCCCGUCCUUGUCCACUCUGACCACUGUGCCAAGAAGCUCCUUCCUUGGUUCGAUGGUAUGCUCGCCGCUGAUGAAGAAUACUUCAAGGCUCACGGUGAACCUCUUUUCUCUUCUCACAUGUUGGAUCUCUCUGAAGAACCCGUUGAGGAAAACAUUGAAAUCUGUCUCAAGUACCUCAAGCGUAUGGCUCCCAUGAAGUGUCUCCUUGAAAUGGAAAUCGGUAUCACUGGUGGUGAAGAAGAUGGUGUUGAUAACACUGGUGUUGAUAACUCUGCUCUUUACACUCAACCCGAAGAUAUCUGGGAAAUCUACCGUCGUUUCUCUGAAGUCUCUGACAUGUUCUCCAUCGCUGCCGCCUUCGGUAACGUCCACGGUGUCUAUGCUCCUGGUAACGUCAAGCUCCACCCUGAAUUGCUCGGUAAGCACCAAGCUUAUGUUAAGGAACAAUUGAAGUGUGAAAACGAUAAGCCCGUCUACUUCGUCUUCCACGGUGGUUCUGGUUCCACUCUUGAAGAAAUCAAGACUGCCCUUAGCAACGGUGUUGUCAAGAUGAACAUCGAUACUGAUACUCAAUGGGCUUACUGGAAGGGUCUCCGUGACUUCUACGAAAAGAACAAGGACUACCUUCAAGGUCAAGUUGGUAACCCCGAAGGUGCCAACAAGCCUAACAAGAAGUACUACGAUCCUCGUGUCUUCAUUCGUGCUGCUGAAACUUCCAUGGUUGACCGUAUCGUUGAAGCCUUGGACUACUUGAACAACAAGAACGUUUUGUAAAUAAUUUUCUUUUUAUCAUUCUCUUUCAUUUUUUUUCUUAGAAAAAUAAGCAUAUUUUAUUUUCUCAUUAAUUUAAGCAUUUAAAAAGAUAUAAAUAAUAAAAAAAUUUAUAUGUUUUUGUGGU